AACAACAUUGGACUAAAAUGUAAUACUUGUUUUUCUUUUUCCGAAAAUACCCCUCCUUUACAGUCUUCCAUCCCUAAAUUUCCACCGAUUUCGGCAGCGGCAGAAGUAGCAGACGAUCGGCGACUAUAGAUACAGAACUCUUAAAUUUAUCGACGGUGCUAGAAGAGAGUUGUUUGGAGCUCAAGAUGGCAACAAAUUCUGCUUCUAAUCUCCUUCAUGCUGGACGUUCACUACUGCGAGGCCUCAAUGGUUCCUACUCAGGAAUCCUAAGAUCACCACAAGAGACCACUUGUAAUAGUUUCUUGGCUCAGCAAAUAAGGACUUUCAUACAAAUGAGAACUAAUCUCAAAGUGGUGGACAACUCCGGGGCAAAACGAGUGAUGUGCAUACAAGCUUUGAAGGGAAAGAAAGGGGCCCGAUUAGGGGACACGAUAGUUGCAUCGGUAAAAGAGGCACAACCUGGGGGAAAAGUAAAGAAAGGACAGGUGGUGUACGGGGUAGUGGUCCGUGCCGCCAUGCAGAAGGGCCGGUCUGAUGGGAGUGAAGUCAAAUUUGAUGAUAAUGCCGUUGUGCUGGUCAACAAGCAAGGCGAACCGAUCGGAACUAGAGUCUUUGGCCCGGUCCCACAUGAGCUGAGGAAGAAAAAGCAUGUCAAGAUUCUCAGUCUUGCACAACAUAUUGCAUGAGAUACAAGGGCUGGUCCUUUUGUGGGCUGAUUUUUUUUUGGUACAAACAGGUGAGAUGAAAAUUAGAUCAUUUUGUUUAUGUAAUCAUGAUUUAAUACGUUGAUUAAAAGUUAAUAAAUUGGACAAAAAAACUGUUAGUGGGGCAGCCUGACCCGAUAUGUUCCGACCUAGAACCUAGUUUGAUUCUUUACUAGGGUGUAACGGGCUCGUUUAACUUAGGAGAGGCUGAGCUCGACUUGUUUUCAGCUCUAUUUCUAAA